ACUGAGGAAUACCGGAAGGGAGGUGUCACACCGAUACUUUAUAAGCCGCUAUCUUGCAGAAGUGACACCUUCUGAAACAAGGACACAGGAACUCUAGCGUUAGUGCAUCCCGUUGGGUUGUGGUCUUCAGUCGCCAGCCAGGACUUUUUGAGUUGGGAAUCGAUCUCGUAUGUGGCAGGAUGGACAAGGCAAACCCAUUCAGAGGGAAGGUCCUUUUCCUCUUCAUUGCUACCUCUAUCCUCAUCAUCUUCAUCACUGGGAGAACACCCAGGACGUACAGGUCCAUCCCAAGGCCACGUGGGCCUCUGAACACUUGCCCCUCCCGGGUCUCUGAGCAGACCAUCACCCCCCUCAACAAUACCAAGCACUUACUGGUGUCAGCCUACAUGGACCAGAGAGUGAAUGGCUUCGAUAUACGCAUCAUUGGCAUAUUUAGGAGAGACUCCAUCCAGCCCCUUUACUGUUUUUUCUGCUGUGCUGGUCAGUUGUCAACUACAACUCCAACAACAAUUUUACAACAUACAGACAACUUUGGCUUUCCCUUCGUCACUACAGAUGUCAUGUGUCAGAUUCCUCAAAACUGCAGUGCUACACAUGUCACUCUUCUGACUCAGCCAGAUAAAGUGAGGGAGUUUAUCCAGAUUUGGCUUCCUAUUAGAAACCAGAAGACCAAUGAGAAACAGGAGAAAAACUUGCAGUUCAACUUCACAGUCUGCAUCUCCAACCUGUUUGGAGACUACAACAAUGUGCUUCAGUUUUCGCAGACACUGGAGAUGUACAGGUCAGCACAACAACACCACAAACCACAAAGUCACUGAGCUGAGUCAAUUAGCAUCCAUCCAUUGCAUUAAAUAGGUGUUACUGUUGCUGCUGAGCAGGGCUUUCAUACUUAAAAAAAGAAACAAAAAAAGUCAAAUGUGACGCAUAACGCAAUUUAUUUGAAUUAAUUUCAAACAACCCAUAUAGCGUGCAAAGUCAUUACAGUUUGUAUAUUGUGUUUUUUAAAGGGCCUUCCCUGCUGCUGAGUAAUGAAUGAUAAGAUGUUUUGUUGUUUGUGGCUUAACAUUUAUUUUUUUUUUACUUGUUAUGAGUCCACCCAAUUCA